UUGUGACUAUCAGUGAAGUCCAUCAGUCGCCCCCACCCAGAGCCCACUCUCUCAUGGGUAAUGGGUGCAGCCAUCCGACAUACAGACUCGACCCGUAUUGUUACGGCUGACCAACGCCUAGCUAGGGCCAUCUGAUUAAAAAGUGAGAGGCCCUCUGGAGAGCUAAAGGAACUUUGACCUUCCUCGGCUCGUCUCCUGGACAACGACCGACACACCUGGCAAUAAUGGGUUUACUCUGGGAACAAAAGAGCAAGAAAAGAAUCUGCUCGGCAACAGAAUUGAUCGAAGAUGGAAUCAUGCUUCACAACUUCAUCACUUUCUGAGUAGAGAAAACAAAGCAUCACCUUUUAAGGUCCCACCAUUUUGCCAAGAUGCCACUGAGAACAUCUUUGCAUAGAAAAGCAGCGUCCGGCCGUUGGUCGAGAAAACGCAAAGAGGUUCUGUCAGUCAACAUGAUAAGCUUGCCGCUGGCAGACUUCCGCCACCUCUCGCACAUCGGAAACGACGCCCACAGGGACAGCUUUGGAGACCUGUCCUUCCUCAAGAUGGGACAUAACUUGCUCCUUCAGAGCUCUCAGAGUGAGCAGAACCUGUUCAUGGCCUGCUCUCCGCCACCCAAGCCCCCACGUCUAAAUGUGAACGAUGGCUCAGACAGCCCCGACCGGAUCCCUAAAACCUCACAGAAGAGAAAGAAAAGCAACUCCAUGCCACUGCUGGACCGCGAGGACCGGAUCAUAGAAGAGGAGGAGGUCCACAAAGACAAGGUCGCCCCGAGUCAGGAUUACAGCUCGGAGCAGAAAAGCUUGAGCUUGGACAGAAAUGGGAAACUUCCAGUCAUCAAAGCUGGAGAAACCCAGAAGGACGAGGACAGCGGCUUUAACUUCAGCCUGGACUUGGGUCCGUCAAUUUUGGAUGACGUUCUCCAGGUGAUGGACAAACUCCACCAAUAAAAAAAGAACUACAUCUAAUCACCACUUCCUGAAUAUAUAUAUAUAUAAACACAAAGAUUGAACCUGACCUACAUAUUCUUCUUAACUGUGGAGCCUCAUGGGUGACCUAUUGAGCCAUUUUAGCAGUUCCACAAAAUGGGAAGACUCAAAUUAAGUACAUAGACCUACAGCUGUGUGUCACAAAUACAGUUUGUGUGUGUAUAAUAAUGAGUAAAUUCUUUUAUGUAUGUGUACGGAGAGGUUUAAUAUAAGCCAAUAAAGUGGUUUGUUUCUAGAUUUUGGGUUUGAAUGCAUUUAAGAAAAAAUACAAGUAGAAGAUGAGUGCAAGGUUUGGCUCUUGAAAUACAAUUGAAUGUCACUGGGUGCAUUUACUACCUCAUGAGCACCAAAGCACUAUGCAUACCAAGUAAUGCAUCACCCAUGCAACACAGAUGGCUGACUUCAGAGUCACACCUGGGCAGGAUUUGAGAAUGUGCUGACCAAGCAUAUUUGUGAAAGGGUGACCUAAGCAGUGGUUGUGUCCCGGUCGCUGCCACUAACAAAAUGGUCAGUCAAAAUACAAAACAUCUCACAGUACAAGUGUCCUUGCAGUACACUGAAAUAUCCAAUGCAUGAGUUUGGGAUGAAGCGCUCGCAUAUUUACUGAGCAGUUAAGUUGUUAACAUUCUUCUGAGGAGAGAAUGGCACA